AUGGGCUAUGCUGCCCGCUUGCACCUUGUCAACCUUGUAGAAGGACUGGGCCCCGUGGAAUAUUCACAAGCCGAUGAAGAGUUUAGCACGUGGUGGGGAAUUGUCAUUGCUGAAAGGUGUCCAGAUAAAGACCCCCGACUACCCAAGACUAUCUCACAAAAAUGGAACCCAGCUCGUUCCCCAGAAGCUCUCACCCCAGAGGGCAAUUCCCUAAGCUCAUCAUUUGUUGACUGUGAUGGAUACGCAAGUGUGACCCAGGCUGCGUGGCUUCUGGAUCAAGUCUUUAAAAGCCUAGAAGUGCAAGACAUUGAUAGCAGAUUAGUCCUGCUCGAUAGACUUGACCAUGCUUUUCAAACAUCUCUAGCCCUUACCAUGGAACAAUCCCAAGGGCGAUGGGGGCUAUUCUGCACGGCGAACGCCAUCAUGAUCAGACACAUCAUCGAGCUCACAGCGGAAAUGACCCCGUCACAAGAGAAAUCUCCGGACCAAUGGCGCGACAGCUCCUAUAUUGCACUCGAGACGAUCACACAAAUGAUGCAGGAUAUCGCAACUUCUCAAGAUGAUAUGUCCCUUGAAGAGAUGGAUGCGCUACCGCCUAGCCGUGCCUUCGUUCUCAGGGAAGCGCUGCGAUAUGUUGAUGACCCUGGGAAGGGCAAAACAGCUUUGCACUAUACGGUGCGCAAUGGAGAUACAGAUACACCAAGCACCUCUCCCCUUGACAAUAUAGGAUUGGAUCUAACCAUCUCUGAUGCUGGUGGAUAUACGCUUCUUAGCCAUGCCGCAUUCAAUGGCGACCUACGAAUGGUGGAAUAA